AAAAAGAAAGGAAGGAAGGAAGGAAGGAAGGAAGACGACCCAGCAAACAACAGCGAGAGCGUUUAGAGCAAACUCAUUUGCAAAAGCAGAACUUAAAACAUCUUUGACAGCUAACAGACCAGUUCAUUCAUAAAAAAAAAAAAAAAAAUUUGCCAGUAGCCAAUGGCUGAUCUUCCAAAGCUCUCCUCACAGCAGCAGCCUCCAAAGUCUUCUUGCCUCGCCAGCACAUAGUCAGGAGCCACAAACAAGAAUUGUCAGUCUGUUCAUGCCCACAACCGCCGCAUCUUUUCUCAAUCCCAAACACCAAGAGAGCAAAACCCCUUUCAUUUUCCCACCACCACCACAAGCCAUGGGUGGAAAUGGCAAACGGAGAUGGAAAAUCUCUUUCUAUUCUCGUUCAAAAACUACUCAAACCCAACAACCUCCUCCUAAAGAAUUCCUCUGUCCCAUUUAUGGAUCCUUAAUGUCCGACCCUGUUGUUGUCUCCUCUGGCCAAACCUUUGAGCGGCUUUCUGUCCAAGUUUGCCGCGAUUUAGGCUUUACCCCCACCCUCGAAGACAACAUCCUCCCUGAUUUCACCACAGUAAUCCCCAAUUUAGCCAUCAAAUCAACGAUUCUCCACUGGUGUGAUACUUCAGGCACCCAGCACCCUCGUGCACCCGAUUACUCCUCUCUCGAGGAAAUUGUCCGCCAAAAAAUGAAAUUCUCGUCAUCGAAGUCGAUGCAAUUAAAUAUGAGCCGUCCAGAUAUUAGAGUCUCCGAGAGGGAGCUCCUUGAGGGAGUAGCUGAAAAGCCUCCUGCUCUUUUCUCUCACGCCAACACUGAGUUGACUCACCGAGUCAACCAUUUCUACUCCAGCUCCUCCGAAGAACCCGUGAUUGUCAAGACAGCCGCCACUCCAGCAGCUAGUCUGCUCACUCCUUUGCCUCUGGUGACUCGGCCAGCGUGCUAUUCUUCCACAUCCUCGUCGGCCAAUUCGAUUACAGAAUCCGAAGACCCUUCUUCGAAUUCUUCGUGCUCGCGUGAAGAAGAUGAGAUAGUGGAAAAGCUUAAAAGUGUUGAUGUACGUGAUCAAGAAGAAGGUGUGAUUUGGCUGCGAAAGAUCACGAGAACGAAAGUAGAAAUCAGAGUUUCACUUUGUACGCCUCGAUUACUCCCUGCUCUUCGUGCUUUAAUCGCUUCACGACAUUUUGUUGUCAAGACAAAUGCUAUUGCUUCACUUGUUAAUCUGUCAUUAGAGAAAGCAAACAAGGUGAAAAUCGUGCGGUCGGGUUUUAUUCCUAUAUUGAUUGAUGUGUUAAAAGGAGGGUUUAGUGAAGCGCAAGAGCACGCGGCUGGUGCGUUCUUUAGUUUAGCUCUAGAGGAUCAGAAUAGAAUGGCGAUUGGUGUUUUAGGUGCAUUGCAGCCGUUGAUGCAGGCGUUGAAGGCGGAGAGCGAGAGAGCACGCCAUGAUUCGGCAAUGGCGUUGUACCAUUUGAGUUUAAUGCAGAGUAAUCGGGUUAAAUUGGUCAAACUCGGUGCUGUUUCGAUGUUGUUGAGUAUCGUGAAUUCUGGUGAUUUGGCAAGCAGGUUGCUGCUUGUGCUGUGUAAUUUGGCUGCUUGUAAUGAAGGGAGAUCGGCCAUGCUUGAUUCGAAUGCGGUGGCAAUACUGGUAGGGAUCUUGAGGGAGGGUAGUGGAGGGCAUUCGGAGGUAAUUCAGGAGAGUUGUGUGGCUGCAUUGUUUGCGUUGAGUCAUGGGAGUAUGAGGUUCAAGGGAUUGGCUAAGGAGGCAAGAGCUGAGGAGGUGUUGAGGGAGAUUGAAGAGCGAGGGAGCAAGAGAGCCAGAGAGAAAGCGAAGAGGAUCUUGAUGAUGAUGAUGAGAGGGAGUAACGAGGAGGUUGAAUGGGAGGAGGAGGUUGACUGGGAGGAGGUUUUGGGAUUUGGUGGAAUCAGAGGCGGCGGGAGAAGCUUGCAUGGUCCAAACUCUACCGAUUUUUGAUUAUUGUAAAGUCUGUAAUUAUUUAUUUUCUCUUGUUCUUUAAUGUUUCAUGCAUCUGUGUCUCUCUCUUUUGGUCCUGAGAUCAGUUGACUGAAAGCAAGGUUGUAAGAUUUUUGGAAUGUGGUGUGUGCGCACACAAAUGGCUAGAAACAAAGUUUGGAUUUAGUUUUA